AUGGCAUAUCUCGAUCGCUCAGAGAUCAAAGUUCCUCCUUAUGAAGCCCUGCCGAUGGAAGAACUCGCGAAUAUUGGCCUAGACGGAGAAGCCCGUGCAUUGAUCCGAUAUCUUCCAUAUCUUGACCGCGAACGAGAAAUAUCUCCUUAUACACAGUCAUAUAGCUAUUUGAGUGAUGUGGGCGGUGCUUGCCGUGUUCUUUGGGACGGACUAAACGACCUAGCUCCUUGGGUGAUCCGACUCUCGAAAUGCCCACCUGCGACAGCAUCUCACGGAGGGACUAUAAUCUACGAUAUGCGCACCAAAAGCAUUAUAGAAUGGCCGAACAAUGAAGGUGGAUACACAAAUACAUAUCUCGACCUUCCGACUUCUCCGCCUGAGGAAUUUUUCAACCGCUGGGUAGGAUUUCUAAAGAAUUUGAAGGAGAUUCCCUGGCGGAAUAAGAAGGUGUGUGAGAUUAGUUCUGAGCCGCCAGCACCUCCUUCGGGGUUCCUCGACUAUUUGAUCAACGGCUAUGUCGACCCCGCCGAUGGACCGAUUCCAAGGAGCCCGCGGCAGCCGCAGCUGGGAAUCAACGACGGCCUGUACAUGCGAGAGGCACGUAAAAAGCUCUACAGGGAUAGCGGAUGGCCUGGUGCUUUUGACGAGACUGACUUCAGAGCCAGCAGACGGAAGUGGCAGGAGGAGCAUGAUACUUGGAAUAGAAAAAGAUCGGUAGCAUGGACAGCUUCGACAGAGGUCAAAGCAGCAGCUUUUGCAGAAUAUUUCAUGUUCCUGGCCGUGAGCGCAGACAUGAGCUCUGAGAAUUGA